AUGGUGGGCGCCUGUGCGAGCGCAUUCUCUAGUGUAAGGGAUUUAAGCCUCUCAACUCCAGUGGACGUUUUACAGCACGAGUUGCCCAACGUUGGAGUCAAUUGUGGAAGAACGGAUAGUUGGGCAUACGGACCACAAAUUUACUUUCAAAGGCUUUACUGGUCUUAUGAGCGUCUUGUCUCUCAAUGGCUUUACUUUCACGGAUCUGGUGGCUCUUUCAGGUGGGCACACAAUCGGCAGAGCAAGUUACAAGAUCCCAUUCUCGACCAGACAUUUGCAAAGCAACUUCGCCUCACUUGUCCCACAAACACAACCGUUAAGACCACCAAUUUGGAUAUUCGCAGCCCAAAUGUGUUCGACACCAAAUAUUACGUGGACCUUCUGAAUAGACAAACGCUCUUCACAUCUGACCAGACUCUCUACUCAGACAGUCGAACCCGAGAUGUGGUGUAG